UCCACUCUUUUUGGUCGAUUAGCAAACACCUCUCAGGCUCUCAGCUCCUUCCUCGUCUUCCUCGCCCAUGGACGCCCUCUCCACCCCCGUCUCCUCCCUCCGCCCCGGCGUCCUCCUAUCAACCCCCCACCCCCGAGACCUCCCCAAUCUCCUCAAACCCCACCCAUCCUCCCAUCUCCUCCCCAACCUCUCCGCCAAGCCCAAACCUCCCUCCCAAUCCCUCCCCCACCGUCCCCUCGCCCCACCGAAACCCCUCCCCCACCUCUCCCCCUCCUCCCCUUCCCUGGCCUCCACCCCCCUCUCCAAAACCCUCCCCCUCCCAUCCACCGCCGCGCCGCCACCGGCUACGCCGCCGCCCUCGUCGACGCCGCCUGCUGCGACGGCGCGCUCGACGCCGUGGAGCGGGACGCGAGGAGGCUCCUCCGCGCUGUUUCCGAGGAGACUGAGGAGAAGGGGGACGCGGUGACGGCGGCGACGGCGGAAGGCGGUGGGUUUUAUAAGCACGUGGUUACGCUGGUGAGGAUGCUGGUGAGAAAGGGGAAGGCGGGGAUGGUCGGGGAGGUGAUGGCCGAGGUGGGGAGGAUCUGCGACGAGCUGAGCGGGACGCGUGUGGUGGUGGUGUCGUCGCAGAGGAGGAUGGAGCAGGCCGAGCUGCGUGGAAUCGCCAGGGAUGUGGCGAGGGUGAGCGGAGCGGCCAAGGUGAGGGUGAGGCAUGUGUUCGCCGUAUGAUAAGCUCUCCGUUGAUGAAGUUUCAUCUGUUCAUGGGAUUGCUUACCGCCAAAGGACAACAGUUGGCAGUUCCUUUCGUAUCAAAAUGAAAAAAAAAAAUAGCAAACUUCUCGACUUCGGUACUAUUUUUAUCCUUUGUUGUGGACUGUAUAAUUGAUGGGAAAAGAUGGUUGAUGCAUGGCGAUGCCCAGGCAAAUAGCCAUAACACUUGGCAUUUGGGUAGCUUCUCUCAAUAAGGUCCAGAAUGUUGGACUGGAUUUCUUGCAUUGCCAUUGUCCUAUCAAAGUGUCUAUACAGAAGUUUUGAAUGUGCAAAUUAGUGAGAAGACUAAUGAAUGAUAUGGCUCUUAAGUAUAUAUUGUGACAUUUCUGUGGUUGAAUGAAUACUGAAGCAUGCUAUCUCCUUUUUGGUGAUCUAGAAAAUAAUAUGAGCAGGCUUUCUGAAUUUAUCACCAGAAUCCUCACAUUCCUGCGAAAAAGAAUUUGCACCUUCAA